AUGAAUAAAUUUAACAGAGAAGAAUUUCUAUUCUUAGCUAAAAUUGCCUAAUAAACUGAAAGAUUCAAUGAUAUGAUUGAAUUCAUUAAACAUUUCCUUGAUUAAGAACUUAAUAAAGAAGAGAGAAGUAUAUUAUCAGCUGCGUACAAAAAUGUGGUAUUCAAAUUUAUUACUCUAUCUAAGGUUGGUAACAAAAGAGCUGAAUUAAGAGUUUUGACUGCUAUUGAAUAAAAAGAAUCCAGAAAAUAAACAGAUCAAUACACUCUUAAUUAUAUAAGAAAUUACAAACAUAAAAUUGAAGGAGAACUGAAAAAUUCUUGUGCUGAAAUUUUGAAUUUAAUUGAUACCACCUUACAUCCUAAUUCCAAGUAAGUUGAUAGUAAAGUUUUCUAUUUGAAAAUGAAAGGUGAUUAUAACAGAUAUCUUGCUGAAUUUUUAUUAGAUAAUGAAUAUCAUGCAGCCGUUGAUUAAGCAACUCAAGCCUAUAAGUAAUACUUUCAUAAAUUAUUAGAGAUGCUGAUGUUUUGGCCAAGUCCAAUUUGUCUACUACUUCUCCUAUCAGAUUAGGUUUACAUUUAAACUAAUCUGUAUUUUAUUAUGAAAUUUUACAAAAUGCAGCAGAAGCUAUAAGAAUUGCUAAUGAUGCCUUUGAAUAAGCUAUUGCAUAGGUGGACUCUGUAAAUGAAGAAAACUAUAAGGAUUGCACACUAAUCAUGUAAUUAUUAAGAGACAAUCUGACAUUAUGGAAUAAUCCAGAGGAGGAAGCUAAUGAUGAUUAAUGAUUUUAAAUUAAUGUCAACUUCUA